AAUGCGCCAUUCCGUGAACUAGAUACACAUACAUGCACACAAGGAAAUAAUUGAUUCAUGCACAGCAGACAUUGAUGGAAAAUGUUACCGUGAUAUUUUACAGCUAUUUUUCAUGAAAGUCUAAAAGGUGUUCGUUGAUAAUGAGAUGAUGCACACACAACGCGAUGUUGCAGACGGCUCGAAGAAUUGAAAAAAAAAGUGGAUCAUCAGUUGGAUGGGGAGGACAGAAAUUGAUGUUAAUUUGAAACAUGGCAGUUAAAAUGUACCCCGUGGAGUCCUGUCCUGGGGAUGGCGACUAUUGGCGGAAGGCUGGAAUCGCAUUGAACUGUCCAAAAGACACCAUCGGCAGAAACCUUUACCAAUGUGCCCCUAAUGAAUAUAAGACAGACUUGGUCGAGUUCUGCUUGACGGGAUCCAUCGGGAGAUUUGAAGAAGGUUUAUGUGUGUACACUUAUCCUAGUGGACACUUAGGUGUGAAGAACUGCACUACGUUUGUGACCGGAUGUCCUAAAAUGUCCUACAACAACAAUGAAAUUUACAACUACCCAGCAUGUUUAGAAAUAAAUCGUGAAGCAGGUUGCUACUUAGCGGAUCCCACAUGUCCUCCUAUUGACAGGACACCAGUGACACUUAACGGAAGUUAUGUGUCGUAUAAGGAUGGAUUGGGGAAUGUGACAUUAGCCACCACAAACUUCACAAAUACUACGAAUUCAAAUCCACAGGACUCUGUCAAUGUGACUGCCGCGGUGGUGUCCUCGCUGUUGGCCAUCGUAGUCGUGAUUGGAAUAAUUCUGUUUUUCUGGUGUAGAAGAAGGAUACGGAAGAGGGGGAAUCCGAAGUAUAAUGAUGUUCCAACGACAGAAGAAUCACAUCGUAAGUAUUAAGGAAAAGCAUUCCAAAACAAUGUGCAAUACUAUAUUUCAUAUUUGUAAUUUGAUAAAUGCCAAUGUCAUGUAACAUUAUGUUAUUGUUAUUGAAAAAGCCGGAACGCUAAAUUCUUGGUGAUGAGGAACAAUUAACAUGUCUUCAUCUGAUUUCUAAGUCAAAUCAAGUAUCUUUCACUCGAAAUUAAAACCUACGUGACAUUGUAGUUAAGAAAAAAAUUCGUAAUGAGAAAGGUAAUGAGACUAAAAUAGAUCAGAUGUGUAUAAGCUAUAUUCGAAAGAUAACUAGGAACAGAAUAGGUUGGUGAUGUUGCAAUUCACUUUGAUAUGCAUGUGAAAAUAUAACUUUUCAAGCACAAGCAAUGAAUUUGCUCCGCUCAAAUCUACUGUUUUAUUUUUUUCCCCUUUAUCCUGUAUUGGAAUAUAGCUACCUUUGGAGUAAGACAAGUGUAUGUGUAUAUCUACAUUUUACCCUCACUAAUGUUUUGAACACGUUCACCAACAUCAUCGGAUAUCCACGGUUUGAAAAGAAAACGAGAUCAGCCGUGUGUAUCCGACGAUGGAUAACACAUAUCAUUUCCCAAGUUACAAUGUAGGAUGUUGAUAUCUUAAUUUAUUAUAUAUGUCUGUUUUAAUUUGAUUGAUAAACUUGUAAGACAUGAACGGUUGAUUCUUAUUUUGGAGUCUCCUUACUUUUCAACCAGUCUAGAUAUUACCUGUUCUUGGAUUUGAGAAAUUGUGAAAUGAUAUUCAGGAACAUGAUUAUAAAUUGUUAUUGUGACCAUUCGUAACGCAUGCUUGGGAAACCUAACCACAUGAUGUACACAUUAAUAUUCAAUUAUGAUGAAAGGAGGCUGACGAGAAAGUCUUUGAUAAUCAUAACUGCUUUAUAUAUUACACCUUAACUGCUGUUAGUCAAUCUAGAUAAUCUCAGACUAAACAGGGCAGAUAUUACUACUAUGUUGAUAUAAACUAGUGUAUAAAAUAUCUAGAAAUAUCGGAAUAGCAUUGUGUGUGUGGUUUGUUUGUUGAUCUGGAUAUGUGGUAUGAUAAUCUACGUAUAAGUGACUGAUUAACUUCACAAAGUUUGUUGAUAAAUCGAUGGUGUACGUAUGUAGCGAAAUGGGGUGUUUAGUCUCUUGAGCUACAUUUUCAGCCAAUAUUUGUUAGCUCUAAAUGAUAGUUUUCAAAAUAAUCCUUUAUCUUCACUUUUCAUUGUAAUAGAAUUUAUGCAGAAAAUCACAUUAAUGACGGAAUUACCAAAGCACGGAACACCAAUAUCUAUCUUAAGAAACCCCCGUCACGAAAAUAACGAUUUAAACAACGAUAUCCCUUUUGCAAUUACCCAUAACCCA